AUGGCUAUGCUCGCCAUUGGUGCACUGGCUCUACCAACAGCACCACACGCUGAUAUACUCCUACUAACUUCAACAUCAACAGACACCGCACUCGCUGCGUCACCGGCGAACAAAAGAGGUGUAUCUGGGUACAGCGCGGCAUAUUAUGAUGAUCCAAAUACUAAGGAGAAAAGGGCGGCCGAUGGGUAUAGCGCGGCUUAUUACGACGACCCCAAUACUAAGGCAAAACGGGCGACCGAUGGGUAUAGUGCAGCGUACUAUGAUGAUCCAAAUACAAAAUCCAAGCGUGCUACGGACGGUUACAGUGCCGCAUAUUACGAUGAUCCAAAUACCAAGUCUAAGCGGGCUACUGACGGAUACAGCGCAGCAUACUACGAUGACCCGAAUACCAAGCGCGAGGAGUAA